AUGGUUAACGAAGAAUUGCUAAGACGAAAACGGGAGGAGUAUGAAUUGCAGCUAUUUGCCUUUCAUUCCAGAGACGUCUGUACAACUUUAACAACAUUGAUAAAAGAAAGAAUAGAGUCCAGAUGCAAUAAAAUUCAUCAAGCGAUAAUAAAUAAAUUUAGUCCCGUUGGUGAAGAAGUUGAAUUAUUAGAAAAAAAUAGGAAAAAAUUAAUAACAGCUUACUAUCGGAAAUGUAGAAGUUACUUACCACGUAUUGAGAAUUGUGUGGAGAAAUUGCUUGCGAUACCGCAACAUAUCCUGCUUGACGAGGAUAAAAUCCAAGCUACCCAAUUUACAGCUGAAGAAUUUGAUGAAAUUAUGAGGAACUUGGAAAACUUGCAAAGAAGAACUAAGCAAGAAACUAUGCUCAAUGGUGUGCUAAAGCAAGAGCUGGAGAUGGCAGAGGAGUUUGAAAAAAAUGUUGAGGUAGCAAAUAAGUUGUGUACUGCGAUAGAAAAUGGUAUUCAUUAUUCAGAAAUUGACGAUACGACGAUAAAAGCAAUAGAUCAGUUGAGAAAUGUAACUGAAGAAGUUGAGGAGUUUUGUAGUACUCGCGUACAUAGGUUGAAUUGUCUGACAUUAGCGCCAAAACAAUUUAGUAUUCAUGAUUUAUGA